UCUCACAUUUCUCUGGUCAUGCUCAGGAUGAGGAUAGCCUGACGCAAAAUUUCUCCCUCAUUCUCACUCUGUAUCCGCGUCUCAGGCUCUCAGCCCGCAGGCAGAACAAGACCCCCUCGCCACACUACCCAUGGCGCAUGCCACGGCGUGGUUGCGGAACCCCUUACUUUUCUUGCCAUCGGCCUCACACUCUCUCUAUCUCGCAAGGCUGUACCCUCUUCCGUCCUCUCUCCUCAAGAGAAAAAUCAACCCAUCGAUCUCAGCAAGUCUUUGCUCUUCCUCUACUCCCUUCACUUCCCCUCCCACGUCUCCCCCACCGAUGCGGCGGCUGCAACUUUUUUCCACCUCUACAACACUUUGACCAAGCGGAAGGAACCCUUCCGGACGAUAGUGGAAGGCAAGGUGGGCAUGUACGUUUGCGGGAUCACUGCCUACGAUCUGAGUCACAUCGGCCACGCCCGUGUUUCUGUCUUCUUCGACGUGCUGUAUCGAUCAUUGCAAGAGCAAAUGAAUUGGGGGAGGAUCCCUUGACUUUGAGCAACCGCUUCUGUGCUGAAUUUCAGUCUGAUAUGGCUCUUCUUCAUUGCUUGCAUCCUACUGUGGAACCUCGUGUCUCAACCCAUAUAAACCAAAUUAUAGAUAUGAUUCAACAGAUUCUUGUUAAUGGUUUUGCUUACAUAAUUGAUGGUGACGUCUACUUCUCUGUUGACAAAUAUCCUUCAUAUGGCCAAUUAUCUGGUAGGAGAUUAGAGGACAAUCAACCAGGACAGAGGGUUGCUAUAGAUUCGAGAAAGCAAAAUCCUGCUGAUUUUGCUCUGUGGAAAACUGCCAAGGCUGGGGAACCAUUUUGGGCGAGUCCUUGGGGACCUGGAAGGCCAGGAUGGCAUAUUGAAUGUAGUGCAAUGAGUGCAAGUUAUCUUGGUUAUUCGUUUGACAUACAUGGUGGUGGAAUGGACCUUGUGUUUCCUCACCAUGAAAAUGAAAUUGCUCAAAGUUGUGCUGCAUGUAAAGAUAGCAACGUAAGCUAUUGGGUCCAUAAUGGCUUUGUUGAUGUUGGAUCUGAGAAAAUGUCAAAAUCGCUUGGUAAUUUUGUCACUGUACGUCAGGUCAUAGACGUGUACCAUCCAUUGGCUUUAAGGCUAUUCUUAAUUGGCACUCACUACAGAUCUACAAUUAGUUAUUCUAUUGCCCAAUUGGAGAUAGCAUCCGAUCGAUUGUACUAUAUCUAUCAGACCAUGUGUGAUUGUGACAAAUUUUUGCAUGAAUCUAAUGGGGAAAACUUGAAGGAUCGUCUUCCAAAAUAUAUUAUAGAUUGCUUAAACAAAUUUCAAUUUGAUUUUGAAAAAUCUUUAGCAGAUGAUCUACAUACCCCAAUUGCACUGGCUUCUUUCUCUGAACCAUUGAAGAUCAUCAAUGAUCUCCUUCAUACUCGUAAAGGAAAGAAAGAGCUUAUGAGGAUGGAAUCUCUUAUGUUACUGGGUAAUGAAAUGAAAAAUGGGCUUCAAAUUCUGGGAUUGAAGCCUUCUAGCUUCUCAGAGGCUCUAUUUCAGCUGAGAGAGAAAGCCUUAAAGAGAGCUGGGCUCAGUGAAGAAGAAGUGUUGCAGAAAAUAGAAGAGAGAAGCUCGGCGCGGAAGGCAAAACUGUAUGAAAAAUCUGAUGUGAUCAGGAAGGAGUUGGCUGCCGUUGGAAUCACUCUAAUGGAUGGUCCUGAUGAAACCAGCUGGAGGCCGGCCGUACCUCUUCAUCUACAGGACCAAUUGGCCUAUGCUGCUUAAAUCUCCACCCCCAUUGAAUUUUGCAGCAAAAUGAAGCCAUCUCUCCUUGUUAUCUCUAGAUUUUCAUAUUAUAUGUUAAGCAUCAUAUAAUAUGAGGAAUAUGUGUGCAUUUUUAUUUUCAUAUUUCACAUAAUGGUGAUGUGGCCUGUUGACAUAUGAAGUUUUUGG